AUGAUUGUAAAGCAGACAUCAACCAAGGCUUUAGCAUUUCCUGCCGGCAUUCUGAGCGACACUGUUUCGCGCAGCAAAAUCCUGACCUGGUGCGCCAUUCUUUCUGUCUUGGCCGUGGCCGUCUCCAUCGCAGGCAUUAGCCUUGAUAGCUUUCCCGUGAUUUACCUCUCUUUGCUCCUCUUCGGGACCUACACGGCGCUGCAGAACACGGCCAGCAACGCACUCUACACGGAUUCCAUCCCACCCGGUGAACGCGCCAAGUGGCUAUCGCGGGUGAGCAUCGUGAACCAGCUGGGCUACGGCGCCAGGCCCUUCUUCAGCUUGUUCCUCCUGGCUUACUUUGGCAACGAGUGGAAGCUCUCGGUCCUGCAUUUCGUCCUCAUCAUCGGCUUCUUGGGCAUGAUUCCUGCUAACUUCUUCCUCUUCAAUCUGAAGGACGCCCAGCACGAGGAGCAGGGGACGGAGGGGUCUGGCUACUACAGCAACCUGAAGUAUGCUCGCAUGGUGCCGUGGCUGAUCUGCAGCUUGGAUGUCAUCACUGCAGUUGGAGCGGGCAUGACCGUGAAAUUCUUUCCCCUCUUCUUCAAGGAGCCGCGA